AAUUGCCGCGGAACUGUCAAUCGUGAAAAACAUGUCGUUUCAAUAAACAAAAAAAUACUUUAUUGUUUUUUUCGUUAAAUCCGUUUGUAAAAAUGGAACCAGUGAAAAUAGUGAUGCGGACUUGUGGCUUAUUAUUUCAUUUUGUGUUGUGGGCGGUUGCUUCGCCAGAAAUUAGUGUCGAACCAUGGAUAACUUCAGUGAAAAUAAUAUCGAUAAAUUGUGUUCAGGAUAGUUGUAAAUAUUUACUAGAAGUAGGUGGUGGUGAGUUUCUUGGCCAUUCUUCGUGGAGACUAACCCCUAACGGUGGUGUUAGGGGUGCUAGUUGUGAUAAAAUACAUUACGAAUACGAGUUAAAAGAAAUUGAAACUACGCAAUGGCUUACAAAAUUGGAAGUAACAGUACCAUAUUCAAACGGAAAAAUAUAUUUUUGUAUACGACAUAACAAAGAGAGGAACAGCCCUUUUGGUGGUGAGUGGUUGCACCAAGGUGAGAAAUGGGUAUUGGAUCCUGUAAAUGACUCUGCUAUGCAGAAAACUACUUCAACAAUACAAUCGACAACAGAACUUACAAAUGCCCAACAAGAGAGCAAAGUGUGGAUCGAUUUAUCUCAUGAUAUCCACGUGAACAAUCUCCCUAAAGUCAACAGACCGACCAAAGAUGAGACCGGUGAUAUAGAAACUCGUGUUAAUGAUAAAUUCGUUCCGUUAAAUAAACUUGACGAUGGUAAUGACAAUGAUAAUGAUGCCGAUGAUAUACAAGUAAUAGAUAAUCCAAAUUUUUCGUACAACGACAAACUUAAAUCUGCCAAUAAUGUAGAUUUAAAUAAUGAUAAUCGUAGAAUUGACGUUAAUAACGGUUUACUGAGAAGAAAAAGACGCGAAAUUAACAACAAAGACUUUUCUACAUCUGAAAAUAAAGUUCAUAAUGGUCACGAUGUUAUUACGUUAAGGUACGAAAGGCAAACUAACGAGAAUGAUUUUAUGAGCGUCAGACCCGUCCAGGAAAUGGUGGUAGUUGAGGGGUUGAGGAUAGAAGAUGCAGAUAAAGAACCGAAGAUAAUUGAGAAUGGCGUGCCAAGUGUUUUAGCGGAUUCAUCUGUUACAUUAAGAUUGUUCGGCGAAGGUUUGACCCCGAGGACAGUGAUAGCGUUCACAAACUAUCCUCAAGAAUUCGGACAACAAUGCAAGUUUAUACUCAAAGGGGAAUACAUGGCGAAAGAAGGCUCCGUAACGAGAAAGUCAGCCCUAUUCGAUAUAAUAGCACCCCAUCCAAUAACUGGACCUAAGCUGUACAUAUGCGCGAAGAAUCUCAAACCCGGCGUCACAGAUAUAUCGAAAGACGAGGACAAGUACACCCACCAGGGCGAGGAGAACUUCAAGAUCCUAGCCAGUCACACAUCGUUGCUGCCACUCUGGGUGUCACUUAUUCUCAUACUGAUAUGCCUAAUGUUCUCUGCCCUCUUCUCUGGCUUAAAUCUUGGGCUGAUGUCUUUAGACAGAACAGAAUUGAAGAUCAUAUCAAAUACGGGCACUGAGCAGGAGAGGAAGUACGCCAGAGCUAUAAUGCCUGUCAGGGAUCACGGCAAUUAUCUCCUGUGCAGCAUUCUGUUGGGGAAUGUAGCUGUCAAUUCCACGUUCACUAUUCUACUUGACGAGUUGACAUCUGGAUUGUUCGCUGUGAUAUUCUCUACGCUGGCUAUUGUGCUCUUGGGUGAAAUUACACCCCAAGCGAUAUGCUCCAGGCACGGGCUGAUGGUUGGAGCUAAAAGUAUUAUGAUCACGAAGGCGGUGAUGGCUCUGACGGCUCCCUUAGCGUUUCCUGUGAGCAAAUUGCUGGAUUAUUUCCUUGGCGAAGAGAUUGGUAGCGUCUACAACAGGGAGCGACUGAAAGAGCUGGUCAAGGUUACAACAGAUGUGAACGAUUUGGACAAAGACGAGGUGAAUAUAAUAUCUGGGGCCCUGGAGCUCCGUAAGAAGACUGUAUCUGAUGUGAUGACCAAACUGGAAGACGUGUACAUGUUGCCCAUCACAUCUGUGCUAGACUUCGAGACAAUGUCGGAGAUCGUGAAAUCUGGUUACUCCCGUAUCCCGGUGUACGAGGGCAGCCGCGGCAACAUAGUGACGGUGCUGUUCAUCAAGGACCUGGCCUUCGUCGACCCGGACGACAACACUCCGCUGCGGACCCUCUGCCAGUACUACCAGAACCCCUGCAACUUCGUCUUCGAGGACGUCACGCUCGACAUCAUGUUUAAGCAAUUCAAAGAUGGCCACAAAGGUCAUAUGGCGUUUGUCCAUCGCAUCAACAAUGAAGGCGAGGGUGACCCGUUCUAUGAAACCAUAGGUUUGGUCACUCUAGAGGACGUCAUAGAGGAGAUGAUUCAAGCUGAGAUCGUCGACGAAACUGAUGUGUUCCUGGACAAUCGCACUAAGAAACGUCGUAAGUGCCCGCUGAACAAACUGCAAGAUUUCGCAGCGUUCGCUGAACGCCACGAGAACCAGCACAUCCACAUAUCUCCGCAGCUCACCCUGGCCACCUUUCAGUUUCUUAGCACCAGUGUGGACGCAUUUCGUCCGGAUACAGUUUCUGAGACGGUUUUGAGAAGACUGCUAAGACAGGAUGUCAUACAUCACAUCAAGUUGAAGGGGAAGUCGAAGAAAGAUCCAAGCACUUACGUAUACCAGCAAGGGAAACCGGUUGACUAUUUCGUGUUGAUCCUGGAGGGGCGCGUGGAGGUGACAGUGGGUAGAGAGAAUCUCGUGUUCGAAGCUGGACCUUUCACUUACUUCGGUAUACAGGCUCUCACACAGAAUAUAGGAGUGGCGGAAUCACCCACGCCAUCGGCCAUGGGCUCGUUACAAAAUAUCAACGUGGACUCGAUGUUGAGGCACACAUUCGUUCCAGACUACUCUGUGAGAGCUACCACAGAGCUAUUCUAUCUGACCGUUAAGAGAUCUCUAUAUUUAGCUGCAAAACGGGCAACACUGAUGGAGAAAGGUGCUUUAUCAAAGGGUGCCACCAAUGAACAAUUUGACACGGAAGUUGAUAAGCUCUUAGAGGCGGUGGAUGAAGACCUCAGCCUCACUGGAGACCAUAAGACGCCGUCGAGACAGGUAUCUCCCAACCCUCUGCCGGUUUCCGCGUCGCCUCACACUAGAGCUUCGUUCGCUCGUUCGUCUCCGGAACAUCGAAACGGGGACUUAUACCCCGCCCGGCUCGAGGAACAGGAGAAACUUCUCAAACAAUAAUGUCAAUUGAAAACAUGCGAUUCAAGUCACUAUGUACUAUUAUAAUACAGAUUACAUUUGAUUGAAUGUUGUUUGAGUGUAACAAGAGUAAUGUCAAUAUUUUUAAUUACCGAGUUGAAUCAUUGAAAUAUGGGGAAAUUAGUGUCUUAUGGCGUUGUAAUAAAGUAGAUUUUGAAAUUAAAAUUAGAAAACAAAUUGUUCGUGUAAGUAAUAUAUCGAAAUGGACAUUUAUUAUUAUUAAUAUAUGUCCAGAGUGUAAUUGCAAUAAAUCAAGGUGAUGUAGAAAAUUCCAAGAAAUGUUAAAUGCGGCAACAGCAGUGUUUUCAUCAUAAUAGAUUAUUAGUCAUUUUAUAUAAUCCUAUUUUCAAUUACUUCUGUUGGACAGUCCGGAAUUGAGAGUAAUUCAUUAUGGCAUUAUAAAUGCGGACAAAAAUGUAACUUGUAUAUAUAGUUGUGUAGCUUUUAUAGCUUGCUGUCGCUGUAAUAUUACCACAUAUUUUCUAAUGCAUAUGACAAACGGGAGUCAUUAUAUACAGUAGCUUAAAUAAUAAUAAUAAUAACAAAAUAUAGUGUAGUUAUUAUAUAUAUUGACUGGAUUUUAGUAAAUAUAUAAAAUUUCAAUUUUAUCUACAAAGUUAUUAUUGUUCGCAUACGUUGCCGGCAAUAUAUAUUAUCUAUUCAUUUGUCACAAUAUAUGCAGACACAAUGCAUACAUUGUGACAAAUGAAUAGAUAAUUUAAUAUUAUUAAAUUUAACUAUGAUAUUCAACCAUGACAAACAAAGUUGUAUUGUUUAAACUGAAC